ACUAUGAGCAACAUCGGUUACUUCACUGCCUGGGAUUAUGUGGUGUUUGCAGUGGUUUUAUUCAUUUCUGCAGCUAUUGGAGUGUAUUUUGCCUAUGUUGGAAUUGGAAAGGAAACAUCCCAGGAAUUCCUUGCAGGAGGAAGAAGCAUGACCGCUGUUCCUGUAGCUCUUUCCCUCACUGCAAGCUUUAUGUCUGCAGUUACCAUUCUGGGUACACCAGCAGAUGUCUAUCGAUACGGAGCAAUGUACCUCAUAUUUGCCAUAUCAUAUGCUUUGGUUGUUAUUAUUAGUGCAGAAAUAUUUCUUCCUGUUUUCUACAGACUUGAAAUAACAAGUACAUAUGAGUAUUUAGAACUUCGUUUUAACAGGUCUGUGCGCAUUCUUGGAACAAUCAUUUUUAUUAUAGAAAUGAUUUUGUAUACGGGUAUUGUAAUAUAUGCCCCAGCACUUGCAUUAAAUCAAGUCUCAGGAUUUAAUCUUUGGGGUGCAAUGGUGGCAACUGGAUUAGUCUGUAUUUUCUACUGCACUUUGGGUGGACUAAAAGCUGUGAUCUGGACAGAUGCAUUUCAGAUUGUAAUUAUGUUGGGAGGUUUCAUAGCUGUCAUUGUAAGGGGCAUAGUCGUUCAAGGAGGAAUUCAGACAAUCAUAAACGAUUCCUAUUAUGGUGGAAGACUGAACUUCUGGGAUUUUGACCCUCAUCCUUUGAGAAGACACACAUUUUGGACUAUUGUGAUUGGGGGAACUUUCUUGUGGACCGGAAUUUAUGGUGUGAACCAGUCUCAAGUGCAACGCUACAUAGCCUGUAAAACCAAAUUGCAAGCCAAACUGUCUCUGUACAUCAAUCUCAUAGGUCUGUGGGCAAUUUUGAUCUGUGCUGUCCUGUGUGGGCUUAUCCUGUACUCAGUAUAUAAAGAUUGCGACCCAUGGACAGCAAAAGAAGUAUCUGCUCCAGAUCAGCUCAUGCCAUUUUUGGUAUUAACUAUUCUUAAGAACUAUCCAGGGGUACCGGGGCUAUUUGUAGCCUGUGCUUACAGUGGAACACUAAGCACAGUAUCAUCCAGUAUCAAUGCAUUAGCAGCUGUCACUGUAGAAGAUCUUAUAAAACCAUACACAAAUCUGUCUGAAAAAAAGCUGGCAUGGAUCUCUAGAGGAAUGAGUGCUCUUUAUGGUAUACUUUGCAUAGCAAUGGCAGCUGUGGCCUCAUAUAUGGGAAGCGUGAUUCAGGCCGCUUUAUCUAUAUUUGCCAUGGUUGGAGGUCCUUUGCUUGGACUUUUUUCUCUAGGAAUGUUCUUUCCAUUUGCUAAUCCACUGGGAGCAAUUGUGGGGCUUAUCGUUGGUUUUUCUAUGUCACUAUGGGCAGGCAUAGGUGCUCAGGUCUAUCCACCACUACCAGAGAGAAGCAGGCCUUUACCACUGUCCACCUCGAAGUGCAAUUUUACCACAGAGGCCAACUGGAUCUCAACUACAGAAAUGACAAUGAUAACCUCUCUCUUGCAGUCUGAUGUCAGUGAAAGACCCGCACUUGCUGAUUACUGGUAUUCAUUAUCCUACUUAUACUUUAGCAUUUUGGGAACCCUUAUUACACUGGUUGUUGGAGUUAUCAUCAGUCUCAUUACAGGUGGGUUGAGACAAAAUGCAAAUCCAGAUUAUCUUUUUGGAAGACAAGAUUGUUCAUGUGACAUAUUUUACUGUCAUAAAUCAGAUGAACGCUAUGGGGGCAACCCAAACCAGUGUCGUGCUUUCCUGAACCAGGUUGGCAUAUUUCUGGAAAUGGUUCCUCGAGCCUUCCCGAACGACAGAAGUAAGGUCGGUUUCAUAAUUUCGCUGCUGUCAGACAAGGCUUUAGCCUGGGCCAACCCAUUGUGGGAGACCGGUAAGCCUAUCGUCAACAGCUAUUCAGACCUAGCAGCAGAGGUAGGAUGGAAUAAUGAGGCACUUGUGGCCAUCUUUUCUCAUGGUUUGGCGGACCAUAUCAAGGAUGAGAUUGCGGCCAGAGACAUACCCGCUACCCUGGAGGAGCUGAUGUCCUACACCAUCCUUAUAGACACAAGACUCAAAGAGAGGUCAGCAUUCCGGGAGCGUCUGCAGAAACCUCCUGUGCAGUUGGAGUUCAGUGAUAUGUUUGAUAAGGUGCGGGCAGGUACCUUGCCACCUCAUAGGUCUUAUGAUUGUGCCAUUGACCUCCAGCCAGGGGCUAUUCCUCCUAAGGGCCGCACCUACCCCUUGUCUGUGGCAGAGAACAAGGCCAUGGAGGAGUACGUUUGCCCUGUUCCGGGGGUUCAGAAAAAGGGGGGCGAGUUAAGGCCUUGUGUUGAUUACAGGGGUCUUAAUCAUUUUACGGUUAAAAAUGCUUAUCCCAUUACACUAAUAACCGAACUGUUGUACGAUGUCCUACGAGAGUAUUUGCAGCAGUCCGUGGUGGUCUAUUUGGACAAUAUUCUGAUUCAUUCUCCUUCUCUUGAGACUCACCACUCUGAUGUUGCCAGAGUCUUAAGAGGCUCAGAGAGAAUGGGUUAUUUUGCAAGCUGGAGAAAUCGUUUCGUGGGCUUCACUAAUUACUAUAGGAAGUUUAUCAUAAACUUUUCCUCUAUUGUGAAGCCCAUCAUGGACAUGACCCAGAAAGAGGGUAACCCAAACUGUUGGUCCUCUGUUGCCGCCAGGGCAUUCGAGUUACUAAAUACCGCGUUCACCUCAGAUCCUAUCCUGCUCCACCAUAACCCUGCACUGCCUUUUGUCCUGGAGGUUUAUGCAUCUGUGCCAGGACUCGGGCAGUUCUCCCCGUUGUCCAGAGAGGAGACGGCUCCAGCCAAUAUCAUCCCACCUGAUCAUAUCUUGGCUACCAUCCGGACCAACGUGACCUCUCCAUUGGGUGAGAGGAUUCUGGUUGCCCAACCCACUGUUCCCCCUGGAAGGCCUUGUGGUAAAUAUUUUGUGCCUUCUGAACUUCAGACCGAAUUGUUGCACGCUUACCAUGAUACCAAGGCAGCCAGGCAUAUGGGUAAAAAUCAGAUGGGCAUCAAAAUAUCCUUCUCCUCGGCCUACCACCCACAAUCCAAUGGGGCUGCAGAGCGGUCUAACCAAGCUUUGGAGCAAUUCUUGUGCUGUUAUGUGUCUGACCACCACGACAAUUGGGCUGAUAUGUUACCCUGGGCGGAGUUUGCCUGUAAUAGUGCCAACGUCCUGGCUCUGGAGGUUUAUCUCAGGGAACUCUGUUCCGCAUGGGUACGGAUACAGCAUGCCCAACUUGACAACCAUGAGGAAUACGAGAUCCGCAGCAUGCUAGAUUCUCGUUUUGUUCAGGGAUUGACUCCGGAACCUUUUCCACUGGUAGGGUUCUGGACCCGAGGAGAGUUCCUGGGUUCCCUCCACUGA